UAUUUCAGAGUAUUUUAUGUAUCACACGAUUCCCAAGAUCUCAAGAUCUUCAGUUACAUCGCCAGGGAUGGCCAAACCAACGUAUUCAAGUGCAAUGUAUUCAAAUCACACAGGAAGAGCCACGCAAUGCGGAUUGUCCGGAGUAUCGGUCAGGCCUUUGAGGUGUGCCAUAAGCUGAGUCUCCAGCAUGCCCAUGCAGCAGCAGAUGGUCAAGCUGACGGAGAGAGCGAUAAAGUUGGAGAUGAAAUCUUAGAUACAAGAGAAGUAAGAGGCAUAGACGGUGGCAACGAGAUGCACUCGACAGGGUCACAGAGGAUGCGGGAACGAGACGAGACCGACGGUGUCUCGGUAGAACCAACAACGUUAGAAGGGAGAUCGUCAAGCAAGAAAAGGUCUCACCUGAACUCAUCCAUCCACUCGCAUAAAGUCAAGACAAACUCGUCCAUCCGUUCACAUGAAAGUGUCCAACAAAACACAUCUAUCCUGACUCCUGAUGAGCCUGGUAUGCCCUCACUCAGUCUAUACCAUCAAAGGCAGCUUCUUCAACAGCAAUUGCAGCAGCAGGAAGCACAGACCCAAGUGGCUCUGGCUCAGGUGCAGCUCCUCAAGGAUCAGCUUGCUGCAGAAACUACAGCCAGGCUGGAAGCACAGACGAGAGUUCAUCAGCUUCUCCUGUACAACCGAGAUCUUCUGAACCAUCAACAGGAGUUGGUGGCACACAUACAGGAUAUAGAGUCCAAGUUCCAUGGCUCGAUGUCCCACAGUCCUGGAAACCCUUUCACCAUCCCUCCACCCCUGCCAUUGGGGGCUGACUAUGGUCUCUCACCGCACGGUCUUGUCCUACCAGAGUUCCCAGCCAUGGAAGAUACGCUCUUAAACGGGGGCAUGGACCACAGCCAGGCCGUCUAUGAGAACGCAAACUUUGGGCGUGGCAUGGGGGUCGGCAUGGCACCCAUGAAUAUCUCCACAGAGGCGAUGCCAACCAUGCAAGGGGCGCAGAGCGUCAGCAGCAUGAGCGAUAGCAACAAUGAGCUCAACAACGACGGACAGGAGAACCACCAGGAAGACUUCACUGCGUCCAUCGAUGAAGAGGGUACAGUAAUGAACCUCAAGAAGUUGAACAUUUCGGAAGAUAAUGCCGGCAGUAGAAUGUCGCAGGGUGCAAACCUUGAUACAUCAAGUUCAAGUAUCCCCUAUGCAGGGUACGUGGAUUCAAGACAGUGUGAAACAAACGGUAAUGGCGAUAUACGCAUCAUCGUCCCUGCUCCUAUGCAGGAUGCGACGGCCAAUCCUCUUGCCCUUGGGCACAACCAGGCAGAAGUAAAAGCCACCAAUAACCAGCAUAAUUCAGCCAGGAAAAGGUCCGCACCAUCGCAUCGGGGCUCGCUGCCCGUCGAGAUGAGUGCCACGCCCCCAUCCUACGAAAUGGCGGUGGAGCUCACGUCCAAUUCUGCCCCACCAACCCCUCAACCCCAGCUGGACGAUAGCCUCUCCAACGUCGUCGAACCCAUCGACAAGCCGUUCAAGCGGAAGUCGACAUCAUCACGGGACUCGAGAGAGAGCUACCAAGCGCGAGGCAGCGUCCACAGCGUUGAGGCGAUGAAGGAGGCUAAGCGAUCGGGUAGCAUCGAAGAAGAGGACAUGUCCACCACUCCUGAUUCCAGUCUCCAAUCGCCCCAGACUCCCCAAUCCCCUCAGUCAGACCUAGCCAUCCCGGACACCAAGCUACACAUUAGCUUCAGUGAUGAUGAAAAUACAGAGAACUCUGAAGACUCCGGGGUUCCUAGACCUCCUAGGGCUUUAGAAUCAAUGACCUUUGAAGAAAUCGAAUCCCUAUAGACAUUUCUAAUCAAGUUUGAUGAUUGGCACUUGCCAACUUCAACCCUUUUUUACAGACCCAUGUAGUAGCUUGUGUAUAAAGGCUAUUAAAUUGUAAAUCCUGUAUCUAACGACCAAAUGUCUGUAUACAUGUAUUUUGUGUGAAAGAUGAAAUGAUUUAUACAUAACUUGUCAUAAGAGGUAUUAUGUAUAAAUUGAGACUUGAUGCUGUUGUGGUGAAUGCUAUGUUCUCUUUCACAUUUUUAUGUUACAGUUAGUUUAAGAACUCCGUUUUCAGGAUUUCCGGAAAUAGUUAGCUAGUUCCAAAUUGUCACAUGGGUAAUCUUUUCGUCUUCAUCAUGAAUGUUGUGAUUUUUUAAAGGCAAUAGGAAAAAAAUAGUCAUGAAAUAUAUGAAGUUUGAACAUGAUGAAUGAUAUUUCGUCAUUAAGUUUAGUACAUUAACUUUUCAGGUGCUUAGAUUUAUUUUGUGUAUUUAUUUGGGGUGCAUUGCGUGACAAAUUAACUUAUUAGAUCCGUUUGUACUCCAACUCAGUUACAAAUUUUUUUGACUCAAAAGCCAACAUGUCAUCAUAUACAAAGAUUCUAACAUUGUGUAUGACAUUGCACGUAAAGCGGAUAAGGGUAAUUGAGAUGAAUUUUUGUCAAAUAUUUUAUUUAUUUUCAAUGAUAGAUCAGCAUGCAUUUACGUAGACCAUGCAUUGUUCUUUUUUUAUAUAGUAAUAACUUGUGUUCAUCAUACCAGACAAUAAAUAUAGGCUGAAAUACUUUACUUAGUCAUUAAAGUAGUCACAGAUUUUUCUCUUCUUUUUGCAUAUGUGCUAAUUGAGAGGUUGUCAUUAUUUUGUUGUGUGUAACAUGAUUUUGACACUGGCUAGAGGCGGAAGAGGAAACUUGUAAUUUACACUAAAGGUCAUCUGUCAAUGAUUGUCAUUAAAUUGGCAAUUCUAAUGAAUUUAGAUGCAUAUUUCAUACUUGACCUUUCUAACGAUCAAACCUCCAGCAAUGCUUGAUCAUGUUUCAUUGGUUAGAGUUGCUAUGUUAUUUCUGUAUUUUCUAUGGUAACCUCAAUGAUAUUUUUUCCUUUCCUUUUUUUUCUUUCUUUUUUUUUACAAUCAGGAUUGCAUGGGUAAUAUGUUCAUAUAGAGAGCUAUAUUGCACUUGUAUUAUAUUGUACAUAUGGACACGCAUCCUAACAUUGUUUUAAUAAACCGUAUGUCACAAAUGAAAUUCAUUGUGUAAAUUUGAUGUGAUACCUAGUAAGGUUGUACAGAAGAAAAUCUCUAUGUGUGCACUGCUUCCAGUAUGAAAUUCAUAGAAAAAUUAUGUGAAUAUUAUGAACAUGGCAGAUUUAUACAUUAGCACUUUGUUUUCAGCCUAAAAAUGUCAGCUUUUUAUCCUGCGUCUGCCAAUGCCAGUAAUAUGCUAGAUCUAUAUAUAUAUUUGUGAUGAAAGAGCAUUCUAAUUAAUUAUAACAGGCGUAUAUGUAUGUACAUUGUAUUCAAAUUUAUUUUUGCAGGCAUAUUAUUAUUAUAUUAGAAGAUAUUAAGGAGCAUUUUCGAGAUAUAUAUAAUUUCUUUGGAUUGUAUUCAUAUUCGUGUGUAUCAUUCCACUUUUGUUUCUGCAUAAGAAAUGAGGACAUACAGGGGAAGUUAGUUGAGUCAUUCCUUAUCCUGUA